AAAAACCAAAUUGAUUGAUUUCUACUGAAAAAUCAGUGGCAGGCUGCUCCACCCUUGGUGUGUGAAGGAGAGAUUCAGGAGAUCUUUCCUUCCUGCGGCUGUCAGACUAUACAACCGACAAUUCUGAUCACUAUAUGCAAUAUCUGUAACUCUGUAACAACAAUAUUUAUUACCCCUAAUUACCGAACCACUUGACUGUGCAAUAGCUGUAUAUACCUGUACAUACCUACCUACACUAAACUGUGCAAUAACUGUCAAUAUGCCAUAUAUCACUGAUUAUUCUUUGUAUAUUCAUUGUCUAGCUCUUUAUAAUGUAUAUUUUUAUUUUAUUUUUUUAUCCUGUAUCUCUAUCUAUCUCUGUACCUGCGCUUUUGCAUAUUGCAAUUUCCCCACUGUGGGACAAUUAAAGGUUCUCUUAUCUUAUCUUAUCUUAUCUUAUCUUAUCUUAUCUUAUCUUAUCUUCACCGCUCAGUUUUAUUGCAUUUAAUAACCUUGAUACAACAUGUUACUAUGAUGUGAUUAAAGAUAAAUAAACUUCCUAAAAAGUUUUUUUUUUUUUUAAAUCACAGACUAGAUCUCUUAUUUUGAAUCUGGUGCUGUGAACUGCAGAGAUUAUUAGGAGCUUUCCUUUAUGCAGUUUAACAAACCAAGCCGAGUUAAGAAUUUAAUAUUUUAGAUGUUAUUCUUACCUGAAGCAUGUAAAAAAAGCUUUACCAAGAAAUGUUUCUACGUAGAAAAAUAACUUACAGGCUGCCAUUGUAUGUGUUUUCACCAUUUCUUUGUUUAAAAUAGACCUAAAACCAUCACUUUUCAUUCUGUACAAAAUGGAUUCAGUUUUCUACCCAAACUUGGACAGUUUUUGUAUUUUUUUUAUUUUUUUGGUCCACUCAUGCAUGACCCCUGGUCAUUAUUCAGGGGGUAAAAUCUUCAAAUGUUCAAAUUUAAGGUUGAAUUUGUUAUAAACAGGUUAAAGUUGUCAUAGAACGUUCAGUUAUGACACAGAUGUGGAAGGCCUGAGGUGAACUGACGGAAGCUGAAGUUCCAGAUUCUUCUUACAUGAACAUGUUAGACAUUUUUGUGAUGCAUUUGAAAGGAACUAGGAAAAUGUAUUAUUGUGAAAUCAUCGAGGAAAAUGUAUUAUCGUGAAAUCAUCUUAAACUGCCAGUAAAACCGAUUCGUCCCGUUUGUCCCGCUGAGUAAGUUAAUCAACCCUCAGGUUCCAUUUCUUUUAGAAGUCAUCUUUAUGCAAUGAGUUUACAAUAUUUUUAUUAUUUUAAUGAGAAAAUUCUGGUUAUUAAACUUAAACUUAAGCCAGAGACUCUUGGAGCUUUAAACAUGUAAUUGAGAACAUAGUCUUUUAAGAAAUAAAAAAAUAUAUAUUUGACUAAAGAUAAGUGCUCACAAACAAAACCCACAGUCUGUUAAAAUGGCAAACGUCAAUUAUCUAACAGGAGAACAGAUUUUAUCGUUAAUUUAUAUGUUGAUGUCAAUGGUGAACCCAUUAAAAAGCAAACUACAAGAGCAAACGUGAUUGUUAAGUUUAGAAGCAAAACAAUUACAAAGCUAACGGAUAUUGUUUAUUUUUGUAGCAACAUUUUAUGUGAAUAAUUUGCUGUGAAAAUGUUUUUGUUAAAAAAUAAUUUGAUUAAACACUAAAUAAAGCUUAAUAUUUUAUGCCAUUUUUGCAAUACUUUUUGUUAAAAACUUAAAGAAAAAAAAAAACUUUGGAGACCACAAACGACGAUAAUUGUAUUCUAAAACGACUUUUAUUCAAAUUUUAAGUUAAUUGGUCAUUAGUUACGUAACCUUGUGACGCGGUUUGCGCGUGCGCAGCUUUGAGCACGCUCCUGUCUCGUGAGCACUUUUCCGCGGUUUUGCACAGCAGACGUCGAAUGUGACACGGGUAAAGCACGAAACAAGCAGAAUGGAGACCUGGCAGCCAUCAAAGUUAUUAAAAUGGAACCUGAGGAUGACUUCUCCAUCAUCCAGCAGGAAAUAGUCAUUGUAAAGAGCUGCAAGCAUCCAAACAUCGUGGCAUAUUAUGGCAGCUACAUUCAAUCCAAUAAGCUGUGGAUCUGUAUGGAGUUCUGUGGGGGCGGAUCACUACAGGACAUCUACCACAUCACGGGUCCUCUGUCUGAACUGCAGAUAGCCUACAUUUGCAGGGAGAUGCUGCAGGGUCUGGAUUACCUGCAUUCACAGAAGAAGAUCCACAGAGACAUCAAGGGCGCCAACAUUCUCCUCAACGAUCAGGGCGAGGUCAAGCUGGCGGAUUUUGGGAUCUCCGCUCAGAUCACAGCCACCCUGGCCCGGAGGAUGUCUUUUAUUGGAACACCAUAUUGGAUGGCGCCAGAGGUGGCGGCCGUGGAGAUCAAGGGUGGCUACAAUGAGCUGUGUGACAUCUGGUCUGUCGGCAUCACCGCCAUAGAGUUGGCUGAGCUGCAGCCUCCUCUGUUUGACGUCCAUCCUCUGCGAGUCCUGUUUCUCAUGUCCAAAAGCGGGUACCAGCCUCCAAAACUGAAGGACAAGUCGAAAUGGUCGUCCACGUUUUACAACUUUGUGAAGGCGAUGCUGGUGAGGAACCCAAAGAAGAGGCCGAGUGCCUCCAAGAUGCUCUCGCACAUGUUUUUGACCCAGCAGGGCCUCAGCCAAGAGCUGACCCUCAGACUGCUGGAGACCUACAGAAAUCCUGAGAAGCUGAAGGCCUGCGUGCUGACAGACGAUGACGACAUGGAGGUGGCGCCUCUGGGAACUUUGAAGAGGAUUCAAUCUAUCAACAAACACAACCGAGCAGAGAGAACCAACUCGGACGUGAGCUUUGAACAGAUCUACACUCAGAGGCCUGUGAAAACGGAGUCACCGACUGUAACAUUACGACCUUCACCUGGAUCUUCAGGCAGCAGCAGCAGUCUGGCCAGGGAUCAGAACACAGACUCAGAUGACGACUACGACGAUGUGGACAUCCCCACGAUGCAAGCACCCUGUUACACCAUGCCAUCCUAUGAAAUUCCACCACCACUUCCUCCAAAGCCUAAAGCUCGGACCAGCUCGGAGGAGAGCAUGGCGAGUGAGGAGGAUCGGUCAAGGAAACCGUCCUCGCUCCACACCCCCGCUCCCCCCACUCCUCUCUCGAGGACCUCCAGCGGGACUCAUGUCCGGCCCGCCUCCCACAGCCGAGCUUCGCGGCACUCAGAUUCUACUUUCUUAGCAGUCCGGGUAACGGACCCCCCAGCAGAUGACCUUCCACCUGAACUCCCCCCUAAAGGCAUCCGCAGACGGCAGCUGCCGCCAAAGGACUCAGAGUGUGUCAGCCCCAUCGCAAAGAAACCUCCUGUCUUUUUGAAAAAGGUCUUCCAUGGCUGCCCCCUGAAAAUAAACUGGUCCACAACCUGGGAAAAUCCCACCUCCAAAGAGCAACACCUGAUCCUGGGGGCUGAAGAAGGGAUCUACACCCUGAACCUGAACGGCUCUGAGGCCACCAUGGAGCUGCUUUAUCCUGGGAAAUGCACCUGGGUUUACACCAUUAAUAAUGUCCUCAUGUCUGUAUCAGGUAAAUCGUCGCAGCUUCACUCUCACUCGCUGAAGGAGUUACACGAACAGGCUCGGAAAGACCAGAGGCUGGUCCCCAUAUCCACCCACAGACUUCUACCAAGAAAAUGUGUUGUAACGUCUAAAAUACCCGACACCAAAGGCUGCAAGACCUGUUCUGUUGUGGAGAACAUCCAUCGAAACUGUGUAUUCCUGUGCUGCGCUCUGGAGUCCAGUGUGUUGCUGAUGCAGUGGUACGAGCCCAUGCACAAAUUCAUGCUAAUCAAGCAUUUUGACUUCCCCCUGCCCAACCCUCUGCGGGUGUUCGAGAUGGUGGCGGCGCCGCAGCAGGAGUACCCUCUGGUGUGCAUCGGCGUUUCACCUGGAACAGACCCCAGCCAACCCGUCCACGUAGAUUACAUCAACCUGAACUCCAGCUCGUCCUGGUUCACCACCACCGGCCUGGAGAAACCCAGCCCAGAAAUAGUUCAAGUUCAACAGCUGGACAAAAACUCUUUGCUUGUGCUCAUGGAAAAGUCUGUAUAUUUAGUUGGUCUGACCGGACAGGUGAAGAACGCCCCUCAUCAUCCUCCGCAGACCACUUUCUCUCAUGAGGUUGAAUCUAUAGUGUUUUUUGAAGACACACUCCUGACAAUUUGGCGCCACGGUUGGCAGAGGAGAGGCAAAGGUUUCACUGACAUUAUUGAGGAAAUGACCGACCCCCGGAAGAUCUACAGAAUGGUGAAGUCACACAGGACCGUCGUCCUGGAAACCCGUCCAGUCGAGGACCAAUCAGGUCUGUCCAACCUGUACAUCCUGGAGAUUGCUGAAAAGUAUGUGCUGCUGCCCUGACACAGUGCAUCAUGGGACACUCGCCGAUCCCCCUCCAUGUUGGAUUCCUCCACUGGAACUGUCAGUCACCAAAGGGCGACAAAAACAGGAGGCAUGGACAUUCAACGUGCCUCCGGAUAUUAACUGCUAACCUGUGGAGAAACCCGAUGAGAUUGUAGUGUCCCCCUCAUCCCUACGUUGCUGUUAUUUAUGUUGUUUUUUUAACUUGAGAUCCAGAAAAUGUGAGGAGUUGUCAUAAGAAUUCCUGAGUCAUGAAUUCAGGUCUUGUGCCGACCCUGAAGAGUGACCGUCCUUGUGCCACAGUAUUAUUGAUCACAGCCUGCAGGGACACAUGCGGCCUCCGUAAUGACAGAAGAACUUAAAGGAGCAGAGCCCUGCUGGGGCUCGUGCUGUGCUUUGUGACCCGAGCUUGUGUGUUUCUGCCAUUACACUCAAAUAAAGUCCAAGAAGAUGAGAAAUGCA